CAUAACUGUAACAGAAAAAUAAUACAAAUCAGAAGUAGGUAAAUUAUAUAUUUCCAUUAAACAACAUUAAAGUAGCUGCAAGUAACAGUUAAUACAGCUAUAUAGACAAGGAUGUUUUGUAGAUGAGAUUAUACUUAAAGUCUUGCUCAUGCUGUUUAGGAAAAGGUUAAGAUAAUAUUACCUUUACUAAAAAACAUACAGCAAAAGUAGUUGAGCUAGUAUUCUAUCAUCCACAUUCCAGUAAGCUGCCAUAUAAUGGUAAUUGAUGUUUAUGAUUUGAGGGUUAUUAAAAGACCCCCAAAUGCCUUUUAGGUUAUCAAAGAAAGAUAACAUAGCAUUUGAUAGUUUUUAAAGCUUUGACAUAGCUUUAAAGGUAAGUUAUUUGAUGGUCCUUUGGGCUUGAAAAUUUGGGAAAUCACAUAUGGCAUAGAAACAUUCUCUUCAUCGGAACAUGUAUUAACCAGAAAAAUCCAUUCUCUAAUCUAUUGCACCUUAACAGACAACUUGUGAAAAAGGAAACGUGGCCAGGGCAACACAUUUCCUCUUUUUGUAAACCUUAAACUGAGUAUGUCUGUCCUCACCAAUUAUAUAGGGUCCCUUGGGCCUCAGAACUUUCCACAAGUGGUUAGGUCUCUAUGGUGAUGGACCUGGCUGCUGAGGCAGAACACAGGUGACGAGGCGGGGGCCAGGCACUGGGAGACCGUGAGGAGUCUGGCUGCAGAAAACCACGGAGGGGCUUCUUGAGCUUCUAGAGCUGACUGUUCAGCCUUGUUUGGAAUUUGCAGAGCCACAGGCAGGCCUGCCCUGACUUCCCACGAGUCCAGCAAAGCAGGCACCACCCACCAUCAGGUGGCAGCUUUGGAGGUGGGGGUGCUUUUGAUGGCUGCCCAUGCGGGGCACUGGUGGCUCCCUCUGGGACCCUGCUUCCGUUGAUGCUUGAGAUCAUCCUUCCUGCGCCCUCAGAGGCUAUGAUUCAGGUGGAAGGGUUCCAUCUUGCCCAGCCCCUUGGUCUCAUGCAGCCUUUCAGCAUCCCCAUUCAAAUUACACUCCAGGGUGGCCGGCAGCGCCAGGGGAGGACAGCCUUAUCUGCCUCAGGGAGGAAGAGAAACACAGACCACAAUGGUGGGGACCCACCGGAUAGGCAAAAGCAGCUGCCUUCCAGUGCUGGAGAGGACCGAGCCAUGCUGCUUGGGUUCACAAUGAUGGGCUUCUCAGUUCUAAUGUUCUUCUUGUUUGGAAUAACCAUCCUAAAGCCCUUCAUGCUCAGCACUCAGAGAGAAGAAUCGAACUGCACUAUCAUCCAUACAUGUAUCACGGAUGACUGGUUGGACUGUUCUUUCACCUGUGGUGUGGAUUGCCAAGGUCAGGACAAGUACCCUUGUCUUCAGGUGCUUGUGAACCUCACCCAUUCAGGUCAGAAAGCUCUCCUGCAUUAUAAUGAAGAGGCCGUCCAGGUAAAUUCCAAGUGCUUUUACACACCGAAGUGCCACCAAGAUAGGAGUGAUUUGCUCAACAGCACCCUGGACAUGAAGGAGUUCUUCGAUCACAAAAAUGGGACCCCCUUUUCAUGCUUCUACAGUCCAGACAGCCAAUCUAAAGAUGUCAUUCUCAUAAAAAAGUACAGCCAAAUGGCUAUCUUCCACUGUUUCUUUUGGCCUUCGUUGACUCUGCUGGGUGGUGUCCUGAUUGUUGGCAUGGUGCGAUUAACACAGUACUUGUCCCUGCUGUGUGAACAGUACAGCACUGCAUUUAGGGGAGAGAUAGGUGGUCAAGUACCUUACAGGGAACAGCAUCGAUUCAAACUGUGGAGUGUGGGGAGAAGCAAGGGGAGGAGCAGAGAAAUCUUAAGGUGGUGGCCAAAUUGAAGUCCUGGCCUUCAGACACCUGGGACUUCUGCACUUGAUGACUUAAUUAUACUUGCUUGCAAAUUAGCCAUGAGAGGCAGUUAAGUACGAGAUGGGAAUGAAAAAAAAAAAACAACAACCCCUAUAAAGUCUCGUAUGUAUUCUAUUUAUCUUAUAAAUACCUACAGAUUCACCAUCUUUUCUACUCCCAAUCUCUUUCCACAUGAACCAACUUUUUGUUCUCACGUGGUAAAAUGAGCUCAAGGUAGUUGUCCCUCACCUAGUUUCAGCUCUAGCUAGAACUUGUCAAUGUGGAAAUAAAUGAUGAGGGUAUCUAACCUACUGAGCACUGAACCACCAGUCUAGUUCUAUGCAGUAUAGUUCACAUUCAAAUAUAUCUCAAAAAAAUUCCAGAUGAAGAGCAGUUCAUUCACUAGAGGAAGAUAGUAACCUGGUAAUCUAAAAACGUGGAUCUGCCAUUUUACUUCACCCUUCAUGGUAGGGGGAAGCCCCUGCCUCGAAAAUUCACUAAGUUUAGAGUUAUUUGUACCUAACUUGACUAUGUACCAUGUGAUUUUUCUUUCAGCAGUAUAUUUUUAGUUAAUUAUGCAUUCUGUAAGCUCCUGCUGUUCUUUGUGCACAUUCUGGUGAGAGUGGGGGACAUGGCUAGAAAUGUGUUGUGAAGUAGGGGUAAGCUGUAUUGGAUGGAAUGUAAGAUUCAUCUCAGGUAAUCUGCAUUGUAGAAGAGUCUCAUGUGGAUCCUCAGCAACUGUCCAUACAUUAAUUGAGGAAUAAACCGUGGGUAUUAAAUAAUGAAAGUCACAAGACUCUCCCAACAGAUUCUUUCCAGAUUAAGCUGAAUAUGAGUUUAAAUCCUGUUCUGAAAACCAACAUGCUUCAAAGUAGCUUUAAAAUUUUACUAAAAAAUUACUUCACGGACAACAGAAAGAAUGGGACUUGAAGCAUCUAAAUGUAGUCAAACCAGAAACUUUUAUCCUCAGCCAACUUGUUCCUUUUUAGAAAUUAAUUGUAAGUCACAAGUUACCAAAUAAAUAGAAUAAUCAAACUGAGCAACAUUGACUUGACCAGUAAUGAACAAUUUUGGUGUUUUCUCCUCUUUCUGGUGUGGAGUGGCAGAGAGAGCACGUGUCUCAGAGUAAGAGUUACUGGAAUUUUUUAGGCCAUAAUUACAACUUUUCAGAAUGUAUCCUUGGGCACUUUGGCUGAAUUGUUAGAGCCUCUCUUUUCAUCUCAGAGGGUUAUUUUAGGGAAUAAACAAGGUAGAGUAUGUGAAACAUCUAGUGCAGUUUCUGGCACCCAGUAGAGGUACUUAAAAAUGUUAGUAGAUAACAAAAAUAUCCUCCUAAGUUUCAAUAUUCAGUCAGCUUUAUCCUUCUCCUGACUCUAUACCCAAAGGAAAUGCAAUCAGUACCUCCAAAAGACAGCUGCACUCUCACGUUCAUGGAAGCAUUAUUCACAAUGGCCAAGAUAUGGAAAUCACUUAAGUGUCCAUCAGCAGACUAAAGAAAUUGUGGUUCUAGAUGUGUAGUGUAUGUAUAUACACAUACAAAGGAAUAUUAUUUAGUCUUAAAAAAUGAGAUCCUAUUUGCAACAACACAGAUGAACUGGGAGGGUAUUAAUUAAAAUAAGCCAGACACAGAAAGGAGAAAACUGCAUUUCACUUGCAUACACGUGGAAUCUAAAGAAGUCGAAUCCAUAGAAACAGAGAGAAGUAUGGUGGUUAUUACCGGUAGGGAGGUGGGGGAGAUUCGGUUAAAGGGUACAAACUUUCAGUUAUAAGGGGAAUAAAUCUAGAGAUCUAGUAUACAGCAUGAUGACUAUAGUUAAUAUUGUCUCAAAUACUGGAAAUUUGCUAAGAGUGUAGAUUUCAGGCGUUUUCAUCACAUACACAGUAACUGUGAGAUGGUAUGUUAAUUAGCUGGACUGUAGUAAUUUCUACAUAUAUCAAAUCAUUACAUUGUAUACCUUAAAUACAUACAAUUCUUAUUAAAAAGAAAAUGUCCACAACAUGCUGUAUAAAAGGCUGUGGUAGCACUGGCUGGUGUGGCAGAGUGGAUUGCGUGCUGGCCUAUGAGCCAAAAGGUCGCUGGUCGGAUUCCCUGUCAGGGCAGCUGCCUGUGCUGCGGGCCAGGUCCCUGGUUGGAGUGUGUGUGCAAGAGGCAACUGAUGAACGUUUCUCUGGCACAUCACUGUUUCUCUCCCUGUUUUUCUCCCUCACUGCCCCCCCCUUCCCAAAUUCGUAAAUACAUACAGUAUUUUAAAAAAAGGUUGUGGUAAACUCUUUUGUAUACC